AUGAAGACGACCAGGGGGAAAGGUUUGCAAGAACCUCACCGCUGCCCUCUUUCCUCUCUCCCUCUCGAUCUUUGCCGCAAAGAUGGUACCUUUGCUUUCGACUACAACCUAUUCUUCUCGUACUUCAAGGAGUUGGUAGGUAAAGAAGUGAUGGUGGAGUUGAACAACGAUCUCGCCAUCAGAGGAACCCUCGACUCCGUCGACCAAUACCUCAACAUCAAGUCGAUGGCGCCGUUUCUUUCUCUUCUCUUCACUUCUCAGGUGGAUGCGCAGCGUGCCCAGCCUGUCAUGGUCUCCAAGCCUCUUGAUGGUGUUGGUAUUGGUGGCAGAGUUCGUGGUGGAGCGUGCUCCAGGGCUUGCCCCUCGGCAUCGUCGAAUCCUCCUUUGAUUUGCGCACGGGAUAGCGGAGAGGCGGAGGAGAAGGACGUCCGAAGCCGGGAUAUGAUGCUGCGGAGUAAGUCUGUGCAUCGGAGGGCUAGAUCGCUAUCUCCGUUGAGAAAUCUACCCUUUCGCUGGCGGCCGCAUGGCGCGGCGGACGAGGAGAGGGGUGGAGAUGGGGAGAAGGCACCAGAUCGAAAGAAGAUCAAGUCAGAAGAAGCUCCCGCACCGCCCGUCUCGGCGUCCUCCCGCUCCUCCUCUUCUUCCUCGGCGUCCUCUUCGUCCUCCUCGGGGUGGAGCUCAAAGCGGUGGAUCUUUCUGAAAGAUUUCCUCCACCGGAAAAAGAGCGAAGGUAGUGGCCACGCAAAGGAGAAGUUCUGGCGCACCAUCUCUUUCUCGGCUCCAAAAGACAGUCCGAGACCCACGUCGCCGCCAGAACCCGAGACGACUCCACAGCCGGCGGAGUCCGCGGCGCGUCGAGAACAGAUGACCCAGCCGCGGCGGCAACAGAGGCCGGUCAAUGGGCUGGGGGCGAGGCGGUGGGCGACGGCGCCGUCAGCGCACGAGUGGCUCUACACUGCGAACCGGGCUCAGGCGGAGGAGAUGAACCAGCGAACCUUCCUCCCAUACCGGCAGGGCCUCCUGGGCUGCCUUUGGUUCGGCUCCAAGGGCUACGGCGCCAUCGACGGGUUCGCCCGCUCUCUCAACCACGUUCCGUGGAGGUAA